ACACUUGGGUAUGUGUUUUUAGACCAAUGAGAUUUGACUUCUUGGAGGUGCGACCAAUCGUGUGAAAGACCCAGACACGUGAGUUAAAUAAAUCGUUCAGUCUAAGUGAGGGAUCAGCUAUUGUGUAGUUCGACUUACAGGGAGUCCAUUCUGCUGUGUCCUGUUGUCUUCUUCAGCUACCGAAAAGUCUCACUGAAAAUAGUAGUAUAGAUCAGCUCCUGAUAAAAAAAGCUUGAGAAUUCACGCAUUUGUUGUGUUGCAACAAAAGAAGGUCAGAUAAUGCAGUCCAAAACUUUGACUGGGAAUUUGACCUUCAAAUCUUUAAGGCCACCGGACUUGGCUAAUUGCACAAAAAGAGAACUUUGUGAAUACUUUGAAAACAGUUAUGACCUGAAUGAGAGCUUGUUCACAUCACUCAAAGACGAGUCCGUAUUUUACAAAUGCCCGGACCGACUGCGACUGCCACUGAUCUUCUACUUCUGUCACACUGCAGUGGUGUACGUCAACAAAUUGAUGUUAGCUGGCCUCAUCACAGAGCGGGUUAACUUGGAGUUUGAAACAAUGUUUGAGACUGGCGUUGAUGAAAUGUCCUGGGAUGACACAGAAAAUUACCGGAUGGGUGGCAGCUAUAAAUGGCCAUCUGUAGAUUCUGUGAUGGAAUAUCGCAGAAACGUCCGAAACUUGGUCCUGAAGGUGAUACGGGACACAGCACUGGACGUUCCUGUUACCAUGGAGUCACCAUGGUGGGCAAUCUUGAUGGGAAUUGAGCACGAGAGGAUCCACCUAGAAACUUCCUCCGUCCUGAUUCGUCAGCUGCCUGUGGAAUUGGUUAUCAAGCCUAAAGGAUGGGUGUAUGCCCCAUAUAAAUGUGGUGGAAGAGUUGAAGAGAAUCCCUUCAUAUCCGUUGAGGCUCAAGACGUUACCUUCGGGAAACCAAAAGAGUUUCCAUCCUAUGGAUGGGAUAAUGAAUAUGGAGAGUUUUCCACCAGAGUUCCUGCAUUUGAAGCCUCCAAGUUCAUGAUAACCAAUGGAGAAUUCCUUGAGUUUGUUGAAAGUGGUGGUUAUGAUGAUGAAAAGUUCUGGACGGAGGAGGGCUGGAAGUGGAAGGAAUACAGACAAUCCAAACACCCUGUAUUCUGGAUCUGCAGACAUGGAUGUAAAGGUGGCUGUGGAGCAGAUUUAGGAAAAUACUCUCACUGUCAUUUUCCAAACAAUGUCAGCAAUGGUAUCAUGAAUGGAACAAUGACCAAUGGUCAUUCAAGGGAGGCCAUUAACAGAGGAGAAAAGAGGAAUUAUAUGUACCGUGCCAUGUUUGAUGUGAUGCCUUUGCCACUUGAUUGGCCAGUGGAGGUAAACUAUCAUCAAGGCAGAGCUUUCUGUGCAUGGAAGGGAUUUGGAUUCCGACUUCCAACUGAGGCUGAACGAAAUGUGAUGAAAGGAAAGAAGUUUCUUACAACUGGAGGAACAAAGGAUGACAUAAUUUAUCAAAAGAAGCCAAAAGCUAACAUCAACUUGCAGUAUGGGUCAUCUACUCCUGUCAACAUGUACCCGGCUAAUGAGCUUGGUUUCCAUGAUGUGUUUGGCAAUGUGUGGGAAUGGGCAGAGGACCACUUUAAUGGCUUGAAUGGUUACAGCAGUCACUGGUUCUAUGAUGAUUUUUCCUCUCCAUGCUUUGAUGGUAGACACAACCUCAUAUUGGGUGGAUCCUGGAUUUCCACUGGUGACGAAGCAUCCAAAUUUGCUAGAUUUGCCUUCAGACGGCACUUCGUUCAGCAUGCUGGAUUCCGCAUUGCUAGAUCUUUGGAACAAGCUGAGAAGGUCAAUGUUCCCGCUAGACUUAUCAAAGAUGACGUAUUUGUUCUUGGAGUUGGAGUCGAGGAGAAGGAAAUUCCAAAUGAGGACGAGAUGGAGUAUGAAUGGGUUCCCACAACCAAUUACCAAUACAGCUAUGAUACUGAGGACUCCUUAUAUGGAAUUAUAGAGAUGGAGUUUGGAUUCCGUGAUUCAUUUCCACAUCAAGUAGCUCAACAUUGCCUCUCCCUGCAGAAAGUGUACCAGUGCAAUACUGCCUCAGCAUUAUGGCUAGGAAGUGGAGCAGGCAGAGGACCACUGGAACUGUCCAGUGGCUUUCAAAAUGUAUUGGGUGUUGACUAUGCAGCUAGAUUUAUUGAUGCUGCUCAGAAGCUACAAAGUGGUGAGAAAAUUGGCUACAAAACAAGUAAUGGAGAGCAGAAGACUGCAUUUAUGCCAGAAGCGUGUCAGUCCAAUAAGGCAGUGUUCAAACAGAUGACAUGGAUACCCAAUGAAAUUAGUGAUUAUGAUAUGACUAUUGUAACUUUCCUGGACAGAACAAUGAAUGCUAAAGCAUGGCUGGCCAGAUUAUGGGAGAUAACUGUUACAUCUGGAAUAGUUGUGAUUGUGUCUAAGGAUGACAUAUGGAGUAAAGACAGUCUCUCUCAGUACUUCAGAAAUGAAUUAAUAUUCAAGGAAACACAAGAUCUGAAGUAUGCUACCAAAGAAGGGGAAUUAACUGCUCAUGUGACCGUCUGGGCACGUCAGUAAAUCAGUCCUAUGAAGGGGAAUUAACUGCUCAUGUGACCGUCUGGGCACGUCAGUAAAUCAAUCCUAUGAACUGGAUAAUUUUGUGGCUGUACAUUUUCCCUCUCUUUAUUGUUGAUGUAUUUGUUAACUGUUGAAUUUUUAUGAUUUUUUUAAUAUGUUCAUAUUUUUUGAUCCGAUAACUAUCAUUCAUGCUUUCAACAUGACAUCAUCAUUUUCAGUGGAUUUUUUUUUACUUUUGAAUUAUAUACAUUUUUCAGUAAACGUUGUAGCUUGUGCAUGUAUUUUGUGAUAUACUUUAUUGACUUUUAUUUAUAAAUACUACUGUGUAGUCAUAUCUUUGAUUGGGGAAUUUUAUACCCUUUAAUCAGGUCAUUGUACCAAUAUAUAGAUAUCUAUGUUUAUCCUAAUACAUAUAUUAUUGACUGAAUAUUUGAAAACAUGCAUGUACUCCUAAGUCGGCGCACCUAAAGUUGACUUGAGUUUACAUAGUGCACUUCCACAUAAAGAUUGAGAGCAGGCAUAUUAUCUCUCCAUUGCAUAAUAUUCAAAUUUUAUGUACUAUUAAUUUUGUUUUCAUUGUUUGGUAGCAGACAUUUGUUAUGUCACAAAUGAAUUUUCGCCUUUAUCAUUUGUAAGCAGCUGUUGAUGUCACAACUGAGUUAAAGUAGUCCCUGGUCAUUUAAAUUGCAGGCUUUUAUUAGCUCAGUAAAAACAAUGAGUACUCUCUUUCUAGAAAAAUAAUAAUAGCAGUUUGUACAUGGAAUGGUUGAAAUUGAAAUACUGUGUCUAAUAAAUAUCUGUAACUAA